AUGACGGCCGCACCAUCCUGGGCACCGGUGCUGGGACUUGCAUUCGUGACGUUUUCGUCUAUUUUCCAGCUGAUUCUCGUGUGCAGUAUUGGCUACCUUAUGGCCCAGCUUGGUGUGCUCGAUAAGCGCAUGCAGGGCAAGAUGAACAAGCUGAACGUGUCGGUGUUUACGCCCGCGCUGCUGUUCUCCAAGGUGGCCUUCUACCUGUCGCCGGAGCGCCUCGUGGAGCUGGCGAUCGUACCGAUCGGCUUCUGUGUCGUGACAUUUGUGUCAGCGGUCGCCGCGGCGGUCGCGAACCGACUGCUCGGCAUUCCGCGGGGGCAGCGCCCGUUUGUGAUGGCCGUCUCGAUCACGCCCAACUCCAACACGCUGCCUGUUGCGCUUAUCUCGUCGCUCGUCGAGAGUGUGCCGCAGCUGCACUGGAUCCGCGACGGCCGCGACGUCGACACACCCAACGACAUGCUGGGUCGUGCGCUGACGUAUCUGGUCAUGUUCUCGACGCUCGGCACGGUACAGCGCUGGAGUAUCGGCGCCAAGCUCUUGUCGCAUGUGCGAACAGAGCUGCCGUUCGUGCCGCCGUCCGAGAACGAGGGCAACGCGUCCGGCUUCCGCGACGAUGUGACCGACACGCUGAUUGACCAGCGGCACCGCUCCAUCCUCGCGGACCGCGGCUCUAUCCUCUCCCACACGCCCGCUGAGAGCUCGCCGCUGCGGAACGAGCUGCUCACCGACGAGCCAGACGAGAUCUCUGUGGCGCCCACCGAGCGCCACGGCGCAUGGCACCGCUGGGUCGUGCAGCCGUGGCGCGCGUUCGUUGCGUUCAUGACGGUGCCGCUCUGGACGGCGCUGGCAAGCUUUCUCAUUGCUAUGACGCCGCCGCUGCAGCGCUUCCUCGUCACCCUCACACCGCUCGUCGGCGCGAUCGACCAGAUGGGGCAGUGCAGUAUUCCGCUAUCGAUCCUCGUGCUUGGUGCCUACUUUGCUGGAGACGACGCGCCUGGCACCGGCAUGAUCCGCCGCUACUCGACCAUGGAGGAUUCGCAGGACCGCGAGCGCCGCGAGGCGGAGGAGCGUGCUGAAAAGAGGACGAUCUGGCGCACCAUUAUUGCCGCCUCCUGCAGCCGCAUGGUCCUUGCGCCGCUGCUCAUGCUGCCCCUCUUCACCUACGUGUGCCUCAAGGUCCGCUCGUCUGUCAUCGACGAUCCCGUCUUUAUGACAUGUGCCUGCCUGUUGUUCGGCUCGCCGCCUGCGCUGACCCUCGCGCAGAUCACGCGCCAGCGUGCGGCGCCCAACAGCCAUGUCGAAAUGCUCAUCAGCGGCACCAUCUUUGUGUCAUACAUUGUACUCACCGCGCCCAUUACAAUCCUGCUCGUGUUCCUCGCACUGUACCUGGACGAGGUCCAAUCGCGUGUGGUCCUGGCGGCCAUCGUGCCUGAGAAUAUGUCACGCCUAUGGACAUAG